AGGAAACGCAACGGAGAUGUAUUACUUUGGCACGCAGUUAUCCGUGAACCUGCUGGGCUGCGUGGUGGGCACCAUCAUCACUCAGUGGUUAAUUCUGCCACUCAUUUACCCACUGCAAAUUGUGUCCAUCAAUGAGUACAUCGAGAGGCGUUUCAAGUCUUCCAAACUUAGGAAAAUGGCCACGUCUUGCCAGCUCUUGCAGUACUUCAAUUUAUAUGGGUAUCUGCCUGUACGCCCCUGCUCUCACCUUGUCCACUGUCACUAGUCUUCCUACCUGGGCUUCCGUCGUCAGUAUGGGUAUCAUCUGCACCUUCUAUAUCACAAUUGGUGGUGUCAAAGCAGUAGUGUACACAGACGUGGUACAGACUCUGCUCAUGUUCUUUGGCGUGUUGGUGGUGGUGAUAAUAUGCUGUAUACGAUUAGGCGGCCUUGAUGAGGUGUGGACUAUAUCUGACCAGGGACACCGCAUUGAAUUCUUUAACAUGAACCCGAGUCCCUUUGAGCGCCAUACCUUCUGGACGUCGCUGGCACAUGGAAUCUACCUCAUAGUCGCCUAUGUUGGCCUCAACCAGCAGACUUACCAGAGAUUUGCGUCCGUCGAGACCUUAACAAUAUCGCUAAGGUUGUGCACCUUCUUCCUGUUCGGGCUGUGGGUUUUGUGGGUGCUGUUCUACUUCUCCGGGCUGGUCGCCUACGCCACCUACAGCACCUGCGACCCACUCACAGCCGGAAGCAUCGAGAAGCCCGACCAGAUCAUCCCUUUUCUCGUGGUUGAUAAGCUGGGGCACAUCACGGGCCUCCCGGGCCUCUUUGUGGCUGCGGUGUACGGCGGCGUCCUCAGUUCCCUCUCGUCGACGGCUAAUUCGAUCGCAUGUGUGAUAUGGGAAGAUUUCUUAAAGCAUCGGGAAUACUUCAAAGGCAUAAGUGACCGCAGUGCCACUAACGUCAUUAAGAUGCUGUCUGUGGCGACGGGGCUGCUGGCCAUCGCGCUCGGGCUGCUGGCGGGCAACCUGGGCUCGAUCUUCCAGAUGACCCAGACCGUCCUGGGCGCUAUAUCGGGCCCUCUCAUCGGCAUCUUCAUCUCCGGCAUAUGCGUGCCCUGGGCCAACGCCAAGGGAGCGGCAGUCGGGUUCGUUGUUUCGUUCGUCUCCUGUCUAACGCUGGUGAUCGGCAAGUUCCUGAGGGGCGGCGCCUCCCCGCCGAUGCUCCCGCUCUCCGUCGCCGGCUGCAACGCCACCGACGCCGCCGUCUUGGGCCUCAACACCACGACCCUCGACUACGAGAGUGACGUCACCACGCCCUACUCGGAGCAGGACUUCACCAUCGAGCCUGACAUGCAGGAAGAAUCCAAAAGCAUCUACGACAUCUCCUAUUGUUAUAAUGGAACGAUUGGCAUUCUUCUCACGGUCAUUAUCUGCAGCAUCGUGUCUCUAUGCACAGGCCCGAUGAAGCCAGACGAAAUAACCCACCUGGUGAGCCCGCCCGCCGCCUCGCUCUACCGCCGCUUCUGGAAGUACCGCGAAGGGAGGCAGUACACCGAGCGGGACAGGAAGGAUGAAGAUGAGGAUGUGGGGAUAUCGAUGGUUGUUAAGAGCACGUAGUUUAAGAAGCAUCCUCCUUCCUUUAUGUUCAGGAUCUCUUGAUGUGUAUUUUAUGUAGGCUGAGAUGAAGUGUUUUCAGGACCUUGGUGUGUAAAUAGAUCUGAGCAUCAUAACGUCAGUCAGCAAGAAACCGGUUGUGUACAGUUCCAGUUGUUGCAACUACAACCGCCUCAUCUAUAAGUCUACAUUAACGUUGUGUGUGUGGGGUGUGUAUGUGUGUGUGUGUGUGUGUAUGUGUGUGUAUAUGUGUGUGUGUGUGUGUGUGUGUGUGUGUGUGUGUGUGUGUGUGUGAGUGUGUGUGUGUGUGUGUGU